CCCCCCGGCGAUUUAAAAAGGGCGGGAAGCGCGCGCCGCGGACGACAGAGCAGCGCGGACGACGAACGGACCCACCGCAACGAACGCGACGAUGGCCGUUCCCUCAGCAGCACCUCGUCACCCGUUCUGGCCCCGCGACCUCGUCAUCCCGGGCUACGUGGCGAACGACACCGCCACCAGCACGGUGCUGGCGUUUCUGUUCGUCACGUCGGGCGUGCUGGUGGCGGCGACGUGGCUCUACGCGGGCUCGUCGCCCCAUCGCCUCUCGUCGACGCGGCGCCUCGUCUGCUGCUGGUUUGCCGUGUGCGCCUUCAUCCACGGCGUGAUCGAGGGAUGGUUCUCGCUCUUCCACCGGGACAUCGCGGGCGACCAGGCCUUCCUCUCGCAGCUAUGGAAGGAAUAUGCAAAGGGAGACAGCAGAUACAUGACCUCGGAUAACUUCACCGUAUGCAUGGAGAGCAUAACUGCGCUGGCUUGGGGCCCGCUCAGCGCCUUCACCGUGAUGGCGUUCGUGCACAACCGGCCCGAGAGAUUUGUGCUGCAACUCGUGGUGUCGCUCGGGCAGCUGUACGGCGACGUGCUGUACUUCUGCACGGAGUUCCGCAGCGGCUUCCAGCAUAGCGAGCCGGGCCACCCGCUCUACUUCUGGUUCUACUUCGUCUUCAUGAACGCACUGUGGAUCGUGCUACCGCUCGUGCUCAUCGUGGACGCCUGGGGCCAGCUGUGCAGCGUGCAGACCCGCGCCGAUGUCGCCGGUCCCUCGGCUGGGGCUGGCGCCACCGGCAAACUCAAGCGCAAGUGACAACGGGAGGAGUAGGUGGCAGCCAAAUGGCUAAUCCAGCGAGGAGGAGGAGGGGGGGUGGUGUGGUGAUGGAGGUGAUGGUGAAGGUAGUGCUGGUGGAGGAAGAGGGAGCGGUGUAAGAGGUGAUGGAGCAGAAAGAUUGAAUGAGGAAAUGGAGGUGAAUGGGGUAGUGAGGAUGAAGAAGAGGUGGAUACGAUGAAGGAGAUAAAGAUGGUAGGAGAGGUUCAAGGGAUGAUAGGUAACAGAGGCGGUAGAAUAUAAAGAGGCGGAAGAGAUAGUAUAACAGGUGGGGAAGGAAGAGGCUGGUGUAGGUGGCAGAUGAGAGGGGUGGAGGAGAUAGUUGAUCAUGAGGUGAAUGAGAUGGUGAAAAAGACGGUGGAAGACAAAUGAGUGGAUGACGAUGACGAGGUGAAGAAGGAAGCCCACAACACCGCCUGCCCUCACCGCUCCCCCAGAUGAAGAGUGCUCCUGUUACAUCUAAAGGCGGCGAUGAGGUGGACGGUGGCUCAUAAUGGCCGGGCCACCGAGCCCUCGUCACUGCAGUCGUGGCUUAAAACUUAUGUCGGGUUUCUCUCUCAUGGUCUACAUUCAGUGGCUCUGGCCAUGUCCAAGCCACUGAAUGGACACCACUAAGAUCCUGAGGCCACAUCGUCGAGUUAUCCGAGCUUUCAUCCCCUUAUUCUCGCGAGGGAUUUGUCCAGGUACUGGCAAUGCCACAGAUUACCCCGCGCAGCUGUAGCUGUGCUCGUUUUCAAUCGAAGUGUUAGUUUGGUCAGUGUGUUUUGUCUUUUUCGUCUCAGUCUGGUCAACAACAGUGUGUGGAAUUUGUCAAGUUUUAGUCUGGAUUUCAUGUGGUCAUUAAAAUCCUAAAAUGCUGAAAUAAAAUCCACAGACUGACCUGACAUAAAUUCCUAGGGUUGUCCCGAAUGGGCGAGACUAAGACUGACUAAUUUUACACUAAACGUAAGUGUUUCUGGUGUAUUAUAAUAGUUUUGUGGUGACCAGUGGGUAUGCAUUUACUGAGGAAGUAAUUUUAAGACACUCAGUGGGUUAUUUUUGUAUAAUUUACGAAAAUCGUGCUCCUUAAUUUUAAUAUCGAGUCUGUGUGAUUGAAUAACGUUUUUAAAGUCUUGUGUACGUCGCACUGUUGUGCAACGCGCUGAUUUGAAAUGGGAUAAAACCCUUGGUGGAGAUA